CUCAAAUCCUGCUGUCCAGUCCACUAGUUCUUCUGAUUGCGGUGUCCUCAAAGGGGGCACAUCUGUGUAACUAGCGUGCAUAAGGUAAAGGUGUUUGUGUGGCUACACAGAUGCAUACACUGCUACAUAGACUUCUGACGGAGUGGGGCGCUUUGACAUCCCUUGGACGAACUAGAAACAAUGAGGCUCAAGAAUUUCCUUAAAGGGACCCUGAUCUGAAACAGAACUUAAAAGGUGGGGCGCUGAAGUUAAGGAGAGACUCGGGAGCUGCUUUUAAAGGCAGGUGAGGCCUGGCCUACCGGCUCAGGUAAGCAGGGAAGAAUGCAGCAGCGGCCAAACCCUCCCGCGGGCGCGUCGCAGUGACUCAGCCGCUACCAGGAAGGAGGAGUGCUCCCAAACUCUGCGACGCCUCCAGACAGCAGCCCGAUCUCCGAGGCUCUGGGGCACCAAGUCCCCCGCAGCGAGCAUCUAGACGGCCAGGGCGGGACCCCACUCCCGCCCCGCUUUCCUCCCAGCGCAGCCACCCCUGCCCAUCCCCGGGACGUGGCCGAGGACGGCGAGAGAGCUGCGGGCGCCGUGGGGGCCACGCGGGUCCCGGCCCCGACGGCGCCCAUAAGACCUACAAGAGCUUUUAAGACCGAAGGAAAACAUGCGGCCCCUUGUGCAACCGGCGAGGUUCUCCCGGCCCUGGGUCCCAGGCCGAUGUCCCAGGUGAGCGGUCAGUGCCCUUCUCGCUGCGACCCGCCUCAUGGAGUCCCCAGCGCUGCCCUGGACCCAGGUAGGAGCGGGAAUGGAACUCGAAGCCCAGACCAUGUCCCUCCUCCCUGGGCUGGAGGUAGCCAGAUCCACUCACCCUGCAGAGGCAUCGUCUGAGGAGGGCUCCCUGGAGGAGGCGGCACCCUCCAUGCCCCAAGACAGUGGUCUUGGGGCUCACCAGGCUCUGAACAGCACUGACCUCGAUGUCCCCACCGAAGCUGUGACGUGCCAGCCUCAAGGGAACCCCCAAGGCUGCACCCCACUACUGCCAAAUGGCUCCGGCCACGACCACCUCUCAGAACCGGGCAGUGCCGGGCGUGCGGGGAACGGUGCUCUGGGCGUGCCCAAGGCCCACCGGAAGUUGCAGACGCAUCCAUCUCUGGGCAGCCAAGCCGGAAGGAAGAGCAAAGGUAGCACUCGGUCAGGCUCACAGGUCCCCCUCCAGGCACAGGAAGAUUGCUGCGUCCACUGCAUACUGUCCUGUCUGUUCUGUGAGUUCCUGACGCUCUGCAACAUCGUCCUGGACUGCGCGACCUGUGGCUCCUGCAGCUCUGAGGACUCCUGCCUCUGCUGCUGCUGCUGCGGGUCCGGCGAGUGUGCCGACUGUGACCUGCCCUGCGACCUGGACUGCGGCAUCGUGGAUGCCUGCUGCGAGUCAGCAGACUGCUUGGAGAUAUGCAUGGAGUGCUGUGGACUGUGUUUCUCCUCCUGAUGCCACAGGGUGGCCCCAGAGCUGACGCCCAAAGCUUGAUGCCUCCCCUCUGACCCCGGGGGACCCCCUCAGAAUCCCAACCCAGAUGUGAGAAGGUGGGACACUCAGAGGGACCACCUCAGCCACGGAACAGGUCUGCUUUCAGACGCGUAGCCUGGUCCCCUCCACAGGGGACCAGGAACACGGCAUCUAGAGCCUGGUAGGACAGAUCCAGUUAGCUGCCACGACUCAGAACACUGUGAACGGUAGGGGAGGGGGCAGGAAUGGGAGGCCCACGUCCUUCUCUACCUCUGCUCAAGGUGCCUGCCUCCCUCUGCGUACCCCAGCUUUGAGGACAGAAAAUGUGAAAAGGCGCCUGCCCCGCCCAUUGCCCCCCCACUCUCCUCCCCAGCUCAUUAACUGGGCCCUCGUGGGGGCCUAACCCAUAUAGUGACCCAAGAGGAUGGGGUUUAGGGUGGGGGUGAGUGGGGGGGGCCAAUAUGGAAAAGACUGGAAGGGGGUAGAGGGAGGGUCUGUACUAUUCAUUACUGUAAAUAAAGAUAUCCGUUCAAUCUC